AUGGACGAGGAAAUGAAUCAAAAACAGGAAUGGCUCGAAGCGCAAAAGAUAGAGAUAAGCGUUGAUCUCUUUGCUGCUGCCAAACAACAGCUGCAGUUCCUUGCAGCUGUUGACCGAAACCGUUGUCUCUACGCUGGUCCUGCCCUUGAAAGAGCCAUCUACAGAUACAAUGUUUACUGGCUUCCUUUGCUUGCUAAGUACACUGAGUCCUCUUCCAUCUGUGAAGGACCAUUAGUCCCUCCUCUUGACUGUGAAUGGGUUUGGCAUUGCCACAGACUCAAUCCGGUGAGGUACAAGACUGAUUGUGAGGAACUCUAUGGGAAAGUCCUUGACAACUCUAACGUUUUAUCUUCAGUAAACGGAAGCUGCAAGUCACAAACUGAAAAACUAUGGAGGAGACUGUACCCUACAGAGCCUUAUGACCUUGAUUUAGACAAGGCAAUGACAAAAACAGAGGAACAAACCACUACCUAUGAUCUUGUUUCAGUUGUCAAGAGACAAUCUCCAUUUUACUACCAAGUCUCAAGACCUCAUAUAGACAAUGAAGUCUUUCUCCAAGAAGCUGUGGCAAGAUACAAAGCGUUUCUCUACUUGAUCAAGAGAAACAGAGAGAAGUCCAUUAAGCUUUUUUGUGUACCGACUUAUGAUAUUGAUCUUAUCUGGCACACACACCAGCUUCACGCUCUCUCUUACUGUAAAGACUUGACUAAGACGAUUGGUAAGGUCUUGGAGCAUGAUGACACAGACUCUGACCGUAGCAAAGGUAAGAAGCUUGACACUGGUUUCUCUGGAACUACUGCUAUGUGGGAAGAGACGUUUGGUGUAAGGUAUUGGAAAGCUGGUGUUAUGAACAGAGGUAAUACUCCAAAGGCUGUUACAACUUCUCCUUAUGGUUUCUUGGGGAAGAAGUUAACUGAUAAAGAGGAUGUAAAUGUAAUACAAUCUCCAGAGGUGGAAGUUAUUGAGGUUAUGUUGGAGAUUGUUGGUGUUAAGAACUUACCAGAGGGUUAUAAAGGAAAGGUGUUUGUUGUGUUUAGUAAAACACAACCUGAUUCUGUGUUCAACGCUGAGCGUAAGCUUACGGUUUUGUCUGAGUCUUGUGGGGAGAAGCAAGUUGCUAUGUUUAAGUGUGAGCCGAGAGGAGAGAUUAGUUUCAAACUUAUGUCAUCUAAGUCUAAAACCUUAGGGUUUGCUUCUUUAUCUUUGUGUGAGUUUCUGUUUCCAGUUACUACACUCUCUGUUGAGAAGUGGUUGGAGUUAACAACACCAGCUCAAAGAGGAAAGGACCCAAUCUCGUUGCGAGUUGCUGUUUCAUUCACUCCACCAACUCCAAGCCCGACUGUUCUACAUAUGGUUCAGACAAGACCUUCAUUGAAAGACUCUUGUUUCUUCCCUCUUGUCGGAAAGGCACGUCUUGCUAAGAUGUUUACACGUGUUGUUGAUGACACCGAGAAAGAGGUGAUCAGUCUUCAGAUGAGAAACUCUAAUGACGCAGCACCAAGAGGUGAUAGAAGACAAGUGGUUGGUGUGAAAGGGAGUGGUGGUGAGAGUUAUGUUCUGGCAGAGUAUGAUGGGAGUUAUUGGUCUUUGCUUGACUCUAAAUGGUCACUUAAGCAGACAAGGAGUCAUGAGAGAGAUGGUUCUUUGUUUGAGAUUUUGGGUGAGAGAAUGGUGAAGGUUUACUCAGGAAGAAAGCUGGAGUAUGAGCCAAAACAUUGUGCAAAGCUAAGGAGUGAGAAAGAUUUCAUGACUGCUGUUGAGUUCUCAAAGGAACAUCCUUAUGGUAAAGCUGUAGGGUUACUAGACUUGAAAACUGGUUCUACUGAGGCAAGUGAGAGAUGGUUUGUUUUGCUUGGAAUAGUAUCUGCUUUCAUACUAAGUGAUCUUCUCAAGAAGGAAGGCUCUUUUGCAGCGGCAAAGGAGACAGUGAAAGGUAAUGGAAUCAAAGAGGAGACUGAAGCUUUGACUCAUCAAGUGAAGCUAGAAGAAGAGACAAUGAUGAAUGUGGACAUGACUACUCCAGUUCUGGUAGAGGCCGAGAAGAUCAAUGCCGGUGCUAAGUGCUACUCUAAGGAGCUAAACUCUAGCUGUGGUAUAAAAAGUGGGAACAUGACUGAAGAACAAGGUGGUCAUUGUGGUCCUAGUGGGUGUGGUGGAUGCGGUGGAAGCUGUGGUGGGAUGACUAAGAUCAGUGGCUGCGGUGGUGGCUCCUGCGGUGGCGGUUCCUGCGGUAACUGCAGUGGAGGAUGUGGUAAUAUGAUCAAGAGUAAUGCUAAUGAAGAUGUUCCAUUAGCAGCAACAGAAGCUCUAAACGACGCUGUUACAGCUUGAUUACUCAAAUUAAGAACUAUAAUACUAAAGUUACUUCAAUGUAAUAUUAAUAGAGUGGAAUAAAGCUAUAAUAUAUAAACCUAAAAUGAGAGAUGUUUUAGUGUAUUUAAUAUUUAUGUAACAUUAUAAUAUAAUAAUCGCUCUGUUUUG